AUGGCAACGGCAGGCAUGGUUAGCCUCGCACGCUACCUUUUUACUACUCAAUAACUCCCCAGCUGCUGCUUGUUUUACCGUGCACACUCCACCUCUCGCACCCACACCAAGAACAGGGCCUUGUUUCCUCCAGGAUGCAGGUUGCAGCCGGCUGCAAGGGCUCGCCGGUGGCGACGGAGACGGAGAUGGGCGACCCUCAGAGCGCCGAGGAGCCGAGGCUGGCGGCCGAGCCACUCCUCCAUGCACCGAUGAAGCAAGAGAUUGCCGUGCACCAAGCGGCCGGAGACAGCGGCGCGGUCGUGGCGGCGGACCACGGCUCCAGGAUGGAGAUCGCCGUGAAGAUGGACGUGACCCUGCUCCAUUGCGCCCUCUGCUUCAGCCCCUUGAAGCCCCCCGUCUUCCAGUGCAAGGGCGGGCACGUGGCCUGCGGCCGCUGCGUCGCGGAGCCCUGCGCGGAGUGCGGCGGCGCCUUCGACGCCCGCAACGCGGCGAUGGACGCCGUCGUCUCCUCGACCACGGUCGACUGCGACCACGCCGGCUGCGGGCGCUACGUCACCUACCACGACCUCGCCGGCCACCGCGGCGAGUGCCCGCACGCGCCCUGCGCAUGCACGGCCCCCGGCUGCGCCUUCGCCGGCCCGGCGCCGGCGCUCCUCGGCCACCUGACCACCCUCCACUCCAUGCCCGUGCACAGGGUCCAGUACGGCAAGGUCCUCGUGCUCCAGGUGCCGGCGUCGCAGGAGCCGCGGGGCCUGCUGCUCGGGGACGAGGACGGCCGCGCGUUCCUCAUCGUCGGCGGCGCGCUCGGCCCCGGCGCGGCCGUGUCGGCGGUGUGCGUCAGGGCGGAGGCGAUGGUGUGGCCGCGGUACACGCUCAAGGUGUGGGCGAGCGGGCCGGCGCCGGCGCCCAACCGGAAGGGCAAGGCCGACACCGUCAUGGCGGAGAUCGAGGUGACGAGCAGCACGGCGCCCGGCGCCGUCGCCGUCGAGGAGCUGGCGUACCUGGCGGUGCCGCCCAAGUUGCUGGUUGGGGCAGGGGCGUCCCGCCGGAUGUCUCUCAAGAUUCGCAUAGACAAGUUCACCUCCUGAUGAGUUGCUUAUUAGUCCGCUACUACAUUUUCACUUAAUGCAGGGUUUAGGUUAGUUUGGAAAGGUUCUCAUGCAUUGCAAUUUGAAGAUGAUGGAUUUUGGUUGCAGUUCAGUAUAGUACAGUAGUAGUAGUUCAACAUCACACCAGGUACUUUGCAAAUUUUUAACGGUGAAAACUGUUUCGUGGCCGUUGGAUUCGAAGCCUAGAUGUUUGAAA